AUGGACGUGGCGACGUUGUUCGCCGGUCUGGUAUUUAUUGGUUUACUUUCUCUUUUCUUUUUCAUCCUUGGUGUUUAUUUCACAGCUGAGUCCUACCCUAACCUGCUGCGCCAUGAAAGUGAAAUGUUAUUCACGGACCCGAAACACAGUAAUACCAAAAUGAAAUUCCCAAGUCUGGGCGACGAAGUGCCCAGCAUAGACUUGUCUGUCAUUGUUCCGGCUUACAACGAGGAAGAACGAAUGCCUCAGAUGCUAAACGAAGCCAUUACCCACCUAAAUAAGAGACAGAAAUCCAGCCCCACUUAUAAAUACGAAAUUAUAAUUGUCGACGAUGGUAGCAAGGACAAGACGACUGAAACGGCUUUGUUGUAUUCAGAAAAAUACGGCACCGAGAAGGUGCGUGUUUUAACUUUGGAGCAAAACCGAGGUAAAGGUGGUGCUAUUCGGUUAGGAAUGAUGUCGGCGCGUGGUCAGUGGCUUUUAUUUGCUGAUGCUGACGGUGCAACCAAAUUUUCCGAUUUGGACAAGCUGGAACAAGAAGUGGAAAAACUUUUGCUGAAGAACAAGUCCCAAAAUGCAGCUGUCGUUUGCGGUUCCCGGGCGCAUCUCGAGAAGGACUCCAUCGCCACCCGGAGUAUCUUUCGGACGAUCUUGAUGCAUGGGUUUCAUUUUAUUGUCUGGUUGUUGUGCGUGAGGGGCGUUAAAGAUACUCAGUGUGGAUUCAAGUUGAUGACCAGAGAGGCGGCAUUGCUUCUUUUUUCUAACUUACACGUCGAGCGCUGGGCCUUUGACGUGGACUUGCUGUAUUUAGCGCAGUAUUUCCACCUGCCCAUCGGAGAAGUGGCCGUAAAUUGGCAAGAGAUAGAAGGCUCCAAACUGGUGCCUUUCUGGAGUUGGUUACAGAUGGGCAGGGACCUUGUUCUUAUUUGGCUUCGAUAUUCUAUCGGGGCAUGGAAGAUCAAAGACGUCAGACCAAAAACACAAUAA